AUGGAUCAAAGCAACAACAAAGCCCUUAAGCCGAUCAAGGUAGACGACAAGUUCGUCGAACACGCUCCCGAUGUUGCGCAUAUCGAUCGAGGAAAUAUUGGAAAUGCGAAAAUUGAGGGGAUGGAUAAAGAUCUUGGCCUUGUUGGAAACCAGUACAACAUUGCUAACACCAUCUUUUUCGUGCCCUACAUCAUUUUCGGGGCUGUCACCGUCGCAGCUGGUCUGGUGAUGCCGCUCCUCAUCAUUGACACUCCCGAAAGGGCUAAGUGGCUUUCUGAUGAUGAGAAGCGCUUUGUGGACCUUCGUUUGCGUCUUUCCGGCGUGAGAUCGAAUACCGAAGAGGGUGACAAGUUCUCGUGGAAGCUACUCUUCAAGACCAUGGCUGAUUGGAAGGUGUUGCUGGGAAUUACCCUCGCUUGGGCCAACUCUGUUCCCAAUGCGGCUUUCAAGUUCACCAUGCCCCGGAUCAUCAAGCAGCUCGGAUUCUCAACUGCGCAAUCACAGCUUUUAACAAUGCCUCCAUAUGUAGGUGGCGGUAUUGCUGCAUGGUUAUCUGGAAGAUUCUCGGAUCGUUUGUCGUGGCGUAUGCCUUUUAUUGUCGGGCCCAUGUCGGUACUGCUCGUCGCCCUGGCUGCUUCAUGCGCUCUGCUCAUGGAGUUUUGUCUCUGGAAGUCGAACAAAGCCAGGGCUCAGCUUUCUGAGGCAGAGAUACAUCAAAAGUAUUCUCAGGAGGAACUGGAUGCUAUGGGAGAGCGAAGUCCGCUGUACAAGUAUACCCUUUAG